AUGAAAUAUCACGCCGCCACCAUUCUUGCUGCCGCUGCAGCAGCUCUGAUGACUACCGUCUCUGCAUCCGCCGCCGUUGUUUGCUCUGAAAGCGAGUUUGGCGUCUCUAACCAUUCAGAUGUCUGUCGGGUUGACAGCGUGACACCUCAGCCAGGAAACGACUUUACUCUUCCAUGUGUUGAAGUCAUCUUCAGAGACAACACAUGCCACUUUGAGGCCAAUGAGCCCAACUAUGCCAAGGCUCACGAAGAAUGUCACUGCAAGGGAACCACUUUCUCUGCCUGGAAUGAGUGCCAGAAGUGUCUCUUGGAGCAUGGCUUUCAUGGCGAGAACGAUGAGUACUGGAGCAAGAUCCUGGAUGCGGCAUCAAAAGCUUUGUGCACUGGGACUCCAACAGCCGCAGCUGUCUCAACCUUGUCUACACCGGUUGAAGCGGGCACUGUGAUUCCCACGCCCACCAGCAGCGAUGGCUCACCAGUCGAAACAUUCAUGGGCGUGAACCAAACCGCAAUCGCGUCACAAGGUCCUUGGGCCUUCAACCAAACCGCCGCUCCCGCUGCAGGGGCUGCAGAGCCUCAGAAGACUUGCAUUGAUGGCUUCGAUGUGCAACAAACCAACACCGCUGUACCUAUCGAUCCAUCGAUUACAAUCGAUCCAACCCUUCCUUUUCUGCCAACCAACUCAUUCACAUUGACCAACAGCUUGGAGCCAAUUGUUACAACCCUCGAGUGGCUACUUCCGGGGGAGAAUCCUGAGUCAGCUCCAUUCUCUGAUCAUGAAUCAUCUGGCGCCGUUUCCUCUUCUUCAUUCGGGAAGUCUGGGUUAGCCGUUGCGAUUGCUGGCGCUAUUGUCAUAGGUGUAUUGUAA